UUUGCACCUGUUUUAUUUACGUUACGGUUUUAUUUUAGAACCGAUGGCAAAAUUGCAUAGAUGUUGAAGAUUAUAAAACGUAAGGUCUGCCACAAAACAACUUCUUGUAACCCCUUUUUGAUCAAACGUUGUAGUUCUUCUGAUGAUUACAUAAGACGAGAGGAAGUGACAUCCGGGCUCGGAGGUGCAGGUAUGCAGGUGUAGUCGGAGGGCGGAGUUAUUCUCCCUCAUAACCGAACAUUUCAACCUUUGCAAGUUUCGUUAGCAGCCGGGCAUGGCCACCGAUCUCAGCGAGGACUCGGUGCUCCUCUUCCUCAGGAGCAGCGGUGGCACGGUGAAGAACGCGGAGCUGCUGGCCCACUUCAGGCCCUUCCUCCGGGACCACGACGACCGACUGCGACACCGAGACAACUUCAAAAAGUUUGUUAACUCCGUCGCCACCGUCAAGCAAGUGGAGGGAGUUUCCUAUGUUGUCCUCCGGAGGAAGUUCAGGGCUCCGAGGGAUGCUGUAAACCCGUCUAACAGGGACCCCUCGUCUAGGACCCCCGAUGGGUUGAAGGCGAGCGACCCCGGGGCCAGCUCGAGGAGCCGCUCCCCUGCUCACCGAACCCCAGGCAAGACGUUACGGCCGCCGGCCCCGGUGCUGCCUUCCCCAGAUGAGCCGAGACUAACAACGACUCCCAAGGGAGACCCGGUAAAGGCAGCAGAAAGCCAGAUACUCGUCUCUGCUGGAAUAAUACUCAACAACAACAACGACGUGGAGACCAACUUUAAUCUGGUGCAGAAACCGCUCCUGUCCUCCAUCCCCGACGUGCCCCAGCCUGCAGCCUGUCGCCUGGCGCCAGGUCGAGAGGAACCGGUUCGCCACCUGACCCAGGCAGGGGCUCCUCCCGGGAACACAGCCCCCACACACCCGCUCAGGAUCCCGGCCACAUGGCCACACAAGCCGGUAGACCCCAGAGUUGAAAACCACCCAGCUUCGACGGUGGUCCAAAGUGUUGUAGAAACGAGACCUCGACACGAUUUAGAGGAAUAUCACCUGCAGGGAAAACCGUCUUCUAUUCUUCAUCGGCACGAAGGUCUUCAUCACAAUCAGCACGAAGGUCUUCAUCACAAUCAGCACGAAGUUCUUCAUCACAACACGAAUCUUAAAGUGAGAGCGCGCGGUGCCCGAUACAGAAAAAGCUACAAAUCCGCAGUCUCUCAGGAUGGGGAUGAUGAGGAGGAGGAGGAGGAGGAGGAGGAGGAGGAAGAAGAGGAGGAGGAGUUGACGGAGGUGAAUCCGAGGAGAGCAGAUUCAGCAGGAGGAGAAAUUCCCCUUAUUCUGCCUCAAGACAACAGGAGAACCAUCCUCUCCUCUCACCCCCCAACGCUCCCCUCUCUCCCCCCUGCCCUCACCCCUUCCCUCCCCUACUCUCUCCCGCCUUCCCUCCCCUCCGCUCAGCCCCCAACGCUCCCCUCCCUCAGUCCUUCCCUCACCCCUUCCCUCCCCUCCUCUCAGCCUCCCAACCUGCCCUCCCUCUCUUCCUCCACCAUCUCCCCCUUCCUCUCCCCUUCUCCUCCUCCUCCGUCCCAGACCCCCAGGAGGUUCUCCGGAUCCCCGGGCUCUGGGUCCGACUCUGUCCCCACCAUCCACGUCCAGGAGGUGGGGGAGCCGGGUCCGGGCUGGGGGUCUGGUGCUGGGACCCCUGGGGGGGGUCCAUGGGAGUCCGGUGGGGGGACGGCGAGGCGGUCCGGCCGCCGUGGCCCAGGAGGGGCCCUGGGAGCGGGGCUUUCCUCCAGCCAGGACAGCCUCCUCCUCCUGCCCUCCUCGUCCUCCUGCAGCGACUGGCUCUCCCCGCUGUCCUCCAGCUCCCCCUCAGGAGCGGAGUGGAGCAGCAGCCACGAGGAGCUGGGCGCCCGCCACGGUGACGCGGGGGCCAAGGUGGCCCACGUCAACAGACUCCUGUCUCUGAUGCAUCGGUCGGAGCAGAAGACGACCACCCCCUGGCACCACUCCACGGGCCACCUCCUGGAGGAGGACCCGGGCUCCUCCUGGCGCCGCUCCACAGGUAAUCUCCUCGACAGCCAGGAGGACGCAGAGUCGAGUGCGGGCUCCGCCUCUCCCCCGUUGCUACGGAAACGUCCCGGGGUCGCCAGGCGGGUCAGCAGCCGUCUGCGGAGCAGGAACUGUAUGAGCCUGGGGGCGGGGCUGGACCUCCCCUUCCCCGGGGAGGAGGAGGAGGUGCAGGGCCUGGGGGGAGGAGGAAGAGGAGCGUUGGCGGCGUCCCGGCAGAAACGCCUCCAGCUCCUCUCCUCCUCCCUCAGCCUGGGCCACAACCUGUCCACCUCCUCGCUGUCCUCCCCGGGCUCCACGCCGCCGCGCUGCCCCAGUGUGGGGGAGCUGGCUGAGGGCACGGAGCAGGGCCGAGGAGGAGGGGCAGGGAGGGGGACGGAUGGACCGCACAACUCCUCCUAUUGGCAUCGCCAGGUCCCUCUGGAGUCCCGGGAGCACUCCUGGCUGGUGCAGGGUGCGGCGGGGGAGUGGCCUGACGUCUACUCUCUGUUCAGAGACGACCCCUCUCUGCUCCAGCGGCCCGACUUCAUCUCGGGCUUCACCGUCCUCCACUGGAUCGCCAAGCAUGGAGACCACAGGGUCCUCAACACGCUGUGGUACGGGGUGCUGAAGGCGGGCGUCACCCUGGAGGUCAACGUGAGGUCGUGGAGCGGCCUCACCCCGCUCCACCUGGCCGCCAUGCACGGACACAAGAAGAUGCUCCGCCUCCUGGUGCACAAGUUCCACGCCGACACGCGGAUCCGCGACGCCGCCGGGAAGAGGGCCUGGCAGUACCUGGAGGCCCCGCCCCCCGCGGACCUGCUGCACCUCCUGGGGGCCCCGCGGGGGGCCGGGGGGCUGGCCCCGCAGGGGGCGGGGGGGCGGGGCACUCUGCACCACCACGCCUCCUGCUCCUCCGCCGACCGACCUCAGAGACGACCUCUGACCACCGGCUCCACCGGGGUCAAGAGGUCAACGUCGAUUGCAGCGUUCCUCAAACACAAGACGCUGCUUCGCUUCAGAGAGCUCUCAGACGUGUGUGUCUAGCUGCGGGGGAGGAGGGGGAGGUGGACCAAAGAGCUAAAUGUAGUAUAAUGACGUUGAGGGCACCUUGUGGUAUUAUCACGCUCACUGUUCCUAACUUCUGGUUAAAGGUGAUGUUAAUUAUUGAAAUGUUUGCACAUAGAAAAGACAUGUUUCACUAGUGUGUAUUAAUUCCGGCAUUUGUGCCAGUCAACAGGAGACCUUAAGAAUAAUAAAAACAUGAAUGCAGAUGAACAUCUUUUUAUAAAACAAAAGCGCCCUAAACAGAGUGAGACUGAUCUGUGAUCAGUACAGCGACGUAUCAGGUUAAGGAGCACAAGGUACAGACUAGAGAUCUUCUUCCACUGGUGGGUUUUAUCACUCCGGUUGGGUUUGAUCAGGUUGAUGGCUCAGCGGUUCCUUCUGGUGUGGGAGAGGAGUCGCUCAUGCUCGUUAAAUGUACCUAUGUCGGUUUGAACACUGCAACCGUGCCUUAUGUCUAUAUUCUUAGAUCUUCUAUAUGUUUUGCCCCUUUAUAUUUCUUUAAUUGUUGUAUUUCUGAAUUGUAUUUGAUUGCUGUCAUGUAUUUUCUGUGGUGAUUCCCUGUGGUGAUUAUCUUGUCUGAGAAAAAUAAAGCACUUUUUUCAUCUUGUCUGUGAUGGAUAAAGAACAUUUGAUCUUAUCUGGGAUUAAUAAAGUACAUAUUUUA